AUGAGUAGACAACAGGUAGCGAAAUGGUGUCGUUCUUAUCAAGCGGGCAGGGAGCAUGUUGAAAACCGCAAUAUGGAAGCGAGCGGCCGUCCAAGUUCUUCAAGGACAGAUAUCAACAUGGCACGCGUUGAAGAAAUCAUCCAAAGGGAUCGACGAGUAACCGUGCGUGAGAUUGCCUCAGAGUUGGACCUGAGUUAUGGUAACGUUCAGCGUAUCGUAACCGAUGAGUUGCGAUGUUCCAAAGUUUCUGCCCGCUGGGUUCCACGUGCGUUGUCCGCGGGGCAUAAGGCCACUCGAAUGAUGUGCAGCCUCACAUUUCUUCAGCGAUACCAUUCAGACGGCCAACACUUCAUUGAUCGCAUCGUUACCGGUGAUGAAAUAUGGCUUCCAUCACUUCACCCCCACAUCCAAAAGAGCCACGAUGGAGUGGAAACACGUUCGAUCACCGACGAGGAAGAAGUUUAA